CGUUUUGUUUCGCUCCGCUCCGUUGCGCUCCGUUCUUGCACACACGUAACAGAACACCAUCACCAUCUUCACGCACAUACGCCUUCAUUAUUUACCAAAUUUAACGGAAACAGAAGAGACUCUUCUCUUUUCCCUUAUGCUCAAUCGCGGGGAUUCUUCCUGUAUCUCCAUCUUUGCCAUUGAUCCAAUGCUUCACUCUCGAUCUCGAUUCCUCCUCUCUUUCUUCUCUUCCUCGUAGAUUCGAAUGCGUUAGGGACGCCGUAGCUAUUGAAAACCGAUCAGUGUAGAGAGAGCGAGAGACAGGGAGCUAUGGCGGAGGACGGCGAAUCGGAGAGAGGAGACGCGGUGGUCGGUAUGGGGUCGAUGGACUCGACGGAGUCCCGCUGGGUGUUCCAGGACGAUGACGAUUCGGAGAUCGAGGGCGAAGAGGAGGAGGAGGAUGAGGACGAGGACGAGGACGAGAACGAGGAGGACGAGACGCGGCCGCGGACGACCUUGGAUUCGGAAGACGAGGAGAAUGCGGAGCACAGGCUCAUUCGCACCGGUCCUCGCAUUGAUUCCUUCGAUGUUGAAGCUCUCGAGGUCCCCGGCGCUCCGAGAAUUGACUACGAGGGAAUUAGUGUGGGGAGAAGAAUUGUUAUCGCGUGUCAGAUUCUUGGGGUUGUUUUUGGUGACGUGGGAACGAGCCCAUUAUAUACCUUCAGCGUGAUGUUCACCAAGGCACCUAUAAAUGGAAAUGAGGAUGUCCUUGGAGCACUAUCUUUGGUCCUAUACACCUUAAUUAUCAUCCCUCUAGUCAAGUAUGUGCUCAUUGUUCUUUGGGCCAAUGAUGAUGGUGAAGGUGGCACCUUCGCCUUAUACUCAUUGAUUUGUAGACACGCCAAAGUCAGUCUUCUCCCAAACCAGCUUCCAUCCGAUGCCCGAAUAUCAUCCUUUAGACUAAAAGUGCCAUCCCCGGAACUUGAGAGAUCCUUAAGGAUUAAGGAGAGGCUAGAGAAUUCACUCACGUUGAAAAAGAUGCUUCUGAUUCUAGUGCUUGCUGGUACUUCUAUGGUUAUUGCUGAUGGGGUUGUUACACCGGCAUUGUCGGUAGUCUCGCUUGUCGGUGGAUUAAAAGUUGGGGUGACUGCAAUUGGGGAAGAAGAGGUGGUUAUGAUUUCAGUUGCCUUUCUAGUUGUAUUGUUUAGUGUACAGAAGUUUGGAACAAGUAAAGUGGGACUUGCAGUUGGCCCUGCUUUAUUUAUAUGGUUUUGUUCUCUUGCUGGUGUCGGGAUUUACAAUAUCAUAAAAUAUGAUACCAGUGUGUUUAUGGCAUUCAAUCCAAUCCACAUAUAUUAUUUCUUCAAGAGGAACACAACUAAGGCCUGGUUUGCGCUUGGCGGCUGUCUUCUCUGUGCCACAGGUUCUGAGGCAAUGUUUGCAGAUCUUUGCUACUUUUCAGUGCGUUCAGUUCAGCUUACAUUUGUUUUUCUUGUACUGCCCUGCCUUAUGCUGGGUUAUAUGGGUCAAGCUGCCUACCUUAUGGACCACCAUUCUGAUUAUGAGCAAGUGUUUUUCUCUUCAAUCCCAAGUGUAGCAUUCUGGCCAAUCUUACUAAUAGCUAAUAUCGCCGCACUAAUUGCCAGCCGAACCAUGACAACGGCCACGUUUUCGUGUAUUAAACAAUCAACAGCACUGGGGUGUUUUCCUCGCCUUAAAAUCAUUCACACCUCUCGGAAAUUCAUGGGCCAGAUAUAUAUACCUGCCAUUAAUUGGUUUUUGAUGGUAGUCUGUGUGAUCUUGGUGUGCACUAUAUCAAGCAUUACUGAAAUUGGAAAUGCGUAUGGAAUUGUUGAGCUCGGAGUGAUGAUGAUGACAACAGUGUUAGUAACAAUUGUAAUGCUUCUUAUAUGGCAGAUAAACAUCAUCAUUGUGCUGAGUUUUGUCGUCAUUUUCCUCGGGAUGGAAUUAACUUUCUUCUCAUCAGUUCUUUGGAGUGUGGGAGAUGGCAGUUGGAUAAUAUUGGUCUUUGCAGUAGUUAUGUUCCUUGUUAUGUAUAUAUGGAACUAUGGGAGCAAGCUGAAAUAUGAAACAGAAGUCAAGCAAAAGAUGUCUAUGGAUUUGCUGCGGGAAUUAGGUAGCAAUCUUGGGACUGUCAGGGCUCCCGGAAUUGGCUUGCUCUACAACGAGUUGGUGAAGGGCAUACCAGCUAUUUUUGGCCAUUUUCUGACCACUCUCCCAGCAAUUCAUUCAAUGAUAAUAUUUGUUUGUAUUAAGUAUGUCCCGGUUCCUGUGGUGCCUCAGAGUGAGAGAUUUCUUUUCCGCAGAGUCUGCCCAAAAAGCUACCACAUUUUUCGGUGCAUUGCCAGGUAUGGCUACAAAGAUGUGCGCAAGGAAAAUCACCAGGCCUUUGAGCAGCUGCUGAUCGAAAGCCUAGAGAAGUUCAUCCGUCGGGAAGCCCAGGAGCGGUCACUAGAGAGUGAUGGUGAUGAGGAUACAGAUUCUGAGGAUGACAAUUCUGGGUCAAAGGUUCUAAUAGCUCCCAACGGAAGUGUCUAUUCGCUGGGAGUCCCACUUCUCGCUGAUUACACACAAGAUGGCAACACCAUCUCCGAAGCGAGCACUUCGGAUGGCGUAAGGCCAGUGGUUGAUGCAGCCCCAUCGUCCGAUCCAGAGCAGAGUCUUGAGAGAGAGUUGUCCUUCAUCCGCAAGGCAAAAGAAUCUGGGGUAGUCUAUCUACUUGGUCACGGCGACAUUAGGGCAAGGAAAGAUUCUUGGUUCAUAAAGAAGCUAGUCAUUAAUUACUUUUAUGGUUUCUUGAGAAAGAACUGCAGGAGGGGAAUCGCGAACCUGAGCGUGCCGCACUCACAUCUAAUGCAAGUCGGUAUGACUUACAUGGUGUGAAGGCAUGUUUGUGUCAAAUUAUUCGGUGGAGAUUUAGAGAGAGGGUUUUGUCAUGAGAUGCUCUGCCCUCGAAGAAAUUUCGCAGCUUCAAAACCAUGCGGAUUCUUUUCGGCACAUGUCGGAUCCAACGUACCAGGAGUUUGUUCGAACUACUGGCCAAGGGAGCGCGCCCUGUGAGGUUUUUUUCCCUUUGUGCCUACGUGCAUCCUUUUUGACUGCUGCGGGAGGUGAGAACAGCUUUUGUAACUCAGUUAUUAAAUGCCAAAGGAAAAAUUGAAGUUUGUUCUCAAGACCCAAGGAAGAGAAUUUGCGUUCCCAGUUUUACACGGCUACCGCGUAACUCACUAAAUUAGACAGCGCGACAAUGAGAUUCUGAACUUUUAAUUUUCUC